AUGUCUGCAUACAAACAAGCUGGUGUAUCAUUGAACAAAGCUUUAGCAAUUGCUGCUCAAACUUUAAGAAACUCUUUAAAACCAGAAUUCAGAGCUGCUGCUGAAAAAAGAGGAUUCGUUGAUGCCAAAGUUAUAACUUUUAAAGAUGGUAAACAAAGUGAACCAAUUCCAUUGAAACCAACUGACAAAUAA